AGUCACAAGUGGUAUCGAACACGUCUGCAGCGAACCUUCGUUGAUGACUUACGAAUAUUUGUACAGUACGCCUGAGUACGGUGCGAAGUUUUAUUUGUCUACCAACUUUCCCCUGAAGACACAAAAACGUUCUUUCGUAUCUGUAUUUAAGCCUAAAAACUUUCCUUGUAGUUCUCUUGUAACCGUAAUUCUGCUGUAGCGUUCUCGUUUCUUGUGCGUUGUAAGGCGGUGGCGGUAUCCGUACAAAUGUGCCGUGAAGUUAUUAACAUUUAAGACGCGAUUUCGGUAUUCUGUUCCCAAUGAACAAUCAAUUGAUGGAACGCGACCGACCUUGGCUGAUGCCAGCUGUUCGCGCUACUGUUCCUUCGCCCUUCUUUAUCUGUCAACAGCUUUAUCGCUUUUUUACCCACGGCUAUUGUACAGAUUUAUACCCCAGUCACAAUGUCUUUCCAAAGGUAUCCUAUCAGAGCUCCAUAUCCGGUUCAGAAGAAGAUUCGGAAUCGAUUGAGUCCGUGGCGGAUUCCGAUAACGAGUCGAUAUCGGAUCUGGAGGAAUCUCCCACGAUCACCCACAUUUCCAUACCUUCCAAUCCUUAUCUGAAAAUAUCGGAAGCGUUUGCCGAAUCCUCUGCGGCGCGUUCAUCUUCAUACACAGAGAAAACAUCCUCUGUCGAAGUUUUCGAAGAGAGAUCAUCCUUUCGAAGCGAAGGCAGUGUAUUGUUUGCAAAGGAAGCUUCCGCUUCCCUUUCUUUCAGUUCCUUUCGGUCUGGUGUUUCCGGACAGCAGCGCUGUGAUAUACAUGGAGAUUAUCAUAGAAUAUCGUCUGCCAGCAGCGAAGUAAAAAGUGUGCAGAGUGGCAGUCAGUACGUGGACAGUUCGGUGGGGCCGUGUCCCUGCUUCGUCAGUUACAGUGAUCCGAAUGGUCUUCGGAAAUUUCGGCCACCAAAUGUGGAUGCCUACAACGUCAAUACAGCAGAAAGCAGCGAUGUCCGAAGACUUUACAGCGAUUACGGACUAUUGACGAAGCAAAAUACAUCCCUGCGUGACGAAGUGGAUCGAUUGGAAGCAUCCUUAAGCGUCAUGGAGGAAUCUCGAUCGGUAUCCCGUAAUUCGUCGAAAGAAAUUCGAGUUGUGCUGUACGGCGAUAUGGGAUCGGCACUGGCUGACCAGCUGCCCACAGACAAUUUAUCCGAAGGCUUAUACACCAUGAACGUUAAUCUGUUGAAAAAACUGGAAACAGAGAAGAAAAAAGUGGAAAAGCGUAAUGAGGAAGUUUUUGCAAUGUCGACUCACUUGCAAAGCCUGAUUACCACGGUCGACUCGUUUCAAUCCCGAUUCGAAGAGCAUUUAUCGGAAGUGCGAAGUGGUCUGGCGAAUAAGACUUACUUAUCCUUAUCGGGAACCAGCGAUCGUUCCGGUAGAACCGAAAGCGGGUUUGGCGAUGGUGUCAGUGUUGAUCCGUAUUUGCCGGAUGAGAGCGGUAUUUCCCACGAAGAAUCAUCGGUCACAGGAAGAGCAAAUAUACAUUCCAUCUCAACGCCCGAUCGGCAGUAUGCUGCAUCCACAGAGUGGAAAUUGGCAAGUGAACUGAAGAACAUUGUUACGGAUUUACACAAAGUUGUCGGUGACAUAUCGGUUCAUGAAAGCAGGUGGAGUGACGAGCAGAAGUCUUGGGUGCUGUUUUCCGGCGAUUUGUCUUGUCGAUUGUCUGCAUUGCUGAAGUUGGUCUCUGAGCUUAAUUCUUCCUAUACGUCGCAUCGUUCCAACUGGCAGGAAGGCUUUGCGCAGUUAAAGGGAGACAUUGCCGAUUCGCUAGAGCGCUUGCGGGGUCUGACGGGUUUGUUAUUGAAAAGUCGUGAGUCGGUUUCUGAAAGAGAACAUCUAGAUCCCAUUAACACCCGGAAACGCCAUAUGGACUUUGGUAUCCAGACUGCUUUUGAAGAAUCUGAAAAUCGUGUUAUCCCGAAGAAAGAAAACGAUGUUUUCACCAAACAGGCUAGCCAGUACCAAGCGGAGGAUGCAAAUAACGAUGAAUUUUUGGAACAGCGCUAUCAGUCGGCAGUUAAACGGUUACAUAAUAGCGGUCAGGAAAAAUUCCUGCUUGAAUCAACCAUAGAGAAACUGAAGGAUGAAUUGGAAUUAGGACAAAUCGAAAGGGAAUCACUGCUGAAGAAGAACGAGCGCACUUUGAUGUCGCUUAAUGCCGUUCUUUCGGAGAAAAACGCUGUGGAAACGGCACUAAAUACAGUUUCCGCCGAUUUGGAAGCCACAGCGAAUAUCCGGUGGACUUUAGAAAGUACUAGCGCUUUGUUAAAACAGACUGUAUCAGGACUGGAGAAAGAAAAGGAUGCUUUAAUGGUUAGCAUUGCUCGAUUUGCCGACGAGAAGGUCUUGCUUCAAAAAACCAUCGACGAUCAGAGUGAUAGGAUUAAUAUCCUGACGAAAGAAUUCAGUAAUCUGAAAUCGGACAGCGAGCUGCUAAGUCAGGAGUUGCGCUCCAUGACAGGCCAAGCAGACAAGUUGGUGUUAGUUAAAGAAGAGCUGGUGCAGAUUACUGCGCAGAUGGAAGAAUUGCAAAACCAGAUCAGUCGUUUAACGGUGGAAAGAGAAAAUCUUUUAUCUCUUGUGCCUGAUCUGGAAGCAGCUAACACGCAUAGUUUGGCAUUGCAAAAGUCUUUGGAAGAAAAGGAUGUCUUGCUGGAAAAACUGGGAAAUGCCUUGGCCGAUGAGCAGCAAACAACCGUGCUACUCCGGGAGAAGCUGCAAGCAGCGGAAGUUUCACUCACUAGCCAAGCCGACCAAAUUACAGAUCUGGAGAAAUCGAUAAGCCUCUUGCAGUGCACAGUACGCGAGCUGGAGAAGGAACAGAGUGCCGUGACAGCCGAACGAGACCAGGGCACGGAGCGUUGCGCCCAGCUGGAUCAACAGAUUGCGCUCCUGCGGGACGAACUGUCAGGCAAAUCGGAUCAGAUGUCCUUGCUCCAAUCCAAUGCGCACGAGCAGAGUGAUUACAUCACGACAUUGCACGGUAAAGUGCAAUCGAUGGAGACACUGCUGCAGGAGCUCACUCAGGCUAAUGAUGCCAUUCAGCAGCUGAAAUCCGAUUUGGAGGAAUCAUUACGGCUUAAUGGUCUUACGCUGGAUGAAAAGAGCGCCCGCAUUGAGCAGUUGGAGCGUGAAGUAGAGGAAAAAAUUGCCUGGAUAAGGGAAAAUCAGCGUGAAAUCGAUUUGCUGGGUUCGGAUUUGGCAAAUAGUACCGCGGAAAGUGACCAGUUGCGAGAGGACCUGCGCCGGCAGGCCGAACAAUUACGCGAUACAAUUGGCCGGAUUGAUGGACUGAAGGUGGAACUUGUCGCUGCCGAGGAAGCUAGCCAAAAUGCCCGUCAGUUGCAGGAAGACUAUGGAGUGCUCUCUCAGCGCUUUAGCGAGCUGAAAAAGCAGAAUCAGGCACUGGAAGCUGAAAUAGAUCGGCUCAAUGCGGAUGUUCUGGAUGGCUCGAACAAAUUGACUAAAGAUGAGGCGGAAUUGGCGCGUCUUCAUUCCGAGGUGGCACAUCUCCAUUCAUUGAUGACUCUUAAUGACCAGCGUUACAAUGACUUGCAUCACGCACAUGAAUUGCUGAAGGACGACUCGGAGAAAACAUUACGCGAUAAAGUUGGUUUGGAAAGUGAUUUGGGAAUCUAUUCCGACAUUGUGCGGUUGCUGGUUGGUUCUUCGUCGCCGUUCCAAGUGAUAUUCGGUGGGGGAACGUUGUGGAAUCCGGAUGCGAUGGGUGAUCAUACGAGAUUAAGCAUCCCGAUCUUCACGCCGGAUGGGGUUAUUUAUGGCCCUGAUGAAGAGCAAGCUGUGGAUGACGAGCGUUUUCGGAGGGUCAAUGGGUCGCCCUUAGAUGAAAAUGAUUCGGGAUUUGUCGGAAGUGGGAGCCAGGCAUCGGGGGACGUACAUUCCGUGGACGAGAAAGCGUCUGACCUUGCACACACAGUUACUGAAUUAAAUGACCUUCUACUUCGAAUCGAAAGACAUGACGAUCCAUCAGUACUUCGCACUCACACAGCCUCCUUGAUCAAAGAUAUUCACAAUGUGGAAUCAUUUGUAAAAGAUUUGGAACACAGUCGAGUUGCUGCUGCCGCUCUGCAGCGCACAAUAACCCAUCUUUCGCGCGAUCUGGCGUCCCAUCGCCUUACACGCGACCGGCUCACGGACGAGCGUGACGGUUUGCGUGAUCAAGUGGAUAAUUUCAUCUCAGAAGUGAGAAGUUUAAAGAAAUGUCUGGACUUUUUGGAAAAAGACAAGCAGACCUACCAGGAUGAUUUGGCCAGCAAGGAAACCACCACUGUAGAAUUGAAGACCUUACUGCAGAAAGCUGAAGAAGAGAUCGACAUACUUAAGCGCAGUUAUGCUACCGCAUCUAGCACCAUUCGUCAGCUAAACAACAGUAACAGUUCGGUGCUGAGCGACAAGGAGAACGAAAUAGCCACAGUGCGGAAUGAGUUGACCGCUAGUCAGAUGGCCGCGGAAGAAUUACGGAAGCAGAACUCACGGAACGAAGAGCGGAUUAAAGAUGUUCUAACGAAAUUAACGGAGACGGAUGGCAUUGUCGCUGAGUUAUCGUCACAAUUGCGCGAGGCCGAAAAUAAACUGGGUCAGGCGGACCAUCUAGAACUGAAGGCCGAAGCUUUGCAGAAGUUGGAAGACGCCUUGGACGCCCGGAUUAUACAGAUACAGGAAAGGGAAGAGGCGGUGCGACGGCUGGAACAACAGGUGGCCUGCUUCGUCACCGACCAGUUGGCUUUGACGAAUCGCGAAGCGGAAGUUAAUGACAAGGCAUACAUGCUGGCAAUGAAGGAAGCUUCGCUUAAAGACAAAGAGACCGAAUUGCAGCAGCAGUGUAACAGUGUCCGGCAAAUAGAAGAUCGCUUUGCUCAGCGAGAAUCGGAGAUUCUCUGCCAGGCGUCGGAACGGGAACGCCUGGCGGUAGAUAGAUUCAGUACGGAACGGCGUUUGGUGACGGACGAUAUGGAGGGUCGGAUACAUCGAUAUCAGUGUCAGUUGGAUGAUCUAACGAAAACUUACAACGAUGUGAACGAUCAAGCAAGCCGCUUUAAAUCGGAUGCCGAAUCCUUGCGGUGUGAAAAUCGUGAAUUAAAGGAUAGGAUUACUCGUACGUCAAACCAGACGGUUCCUCGAGAUAUCCAUGAAUGUGAAGUGAAAGAGCUCCGUGAUUCUUUAACAGACAAAGCUGCGCGCCUGUCUGCCGUUUGCACUGACAACGAGCGAUUACAGCUUGCUGUUCGCGAUUCAGAAACGAAGUUGCGCAAUAUGAAGAAAACCUGUGAUGAUUUGGAAGGUCGUUUGCAGAAUAAAGCGCAAGGUCAAGGGAGCGCAGAGGAUCGCUUUGCUAAGCUCAAUACCAUGUAUACGGACAUUUUAUCCAAGUACCGCACUCUGUCGGAAGCCUACGAUGAACGCGAAAUUCAGAUUGUGCGAAAUAAGGACGAAUACAGAGAUGCGAAACGGGAACUGGAUAAUCUGUUGUUUAUGGUUCGUCGGCACUUGGGUGACAGUGCCUGUGCUGUGCCUUCUCGAGCAGCCAAAGAGACUUUGGAUGAAAAAGUGUUUCCAGCUGUUACCAAAGAUAUGUUAUGCGAAUUGCGAGUCAACGUAGAACAGUUGCUGGAGGAUCGUAACCGACAAUCCCGCCAGUUGGACUCUAUCAGUUGCAGUCAGAACGGUCCGAGCAUCUCCGGCAACCAGCUACUGUCUCCAAGCUCGGAGAGGAAGUCCAGAUAUUCGCGUUCUUCGCCGCGAAGCAAUGAUGCGGAUAUUAAUGCCUUCCGGGAACAGGUCAUAUCGCGGUUAUACGAAGAUACAAGCCGGCGGAGUAUUACACUGGAAGAAAUGAUGAUGGAUGGCAAAACAAGAUCUCCAACUGUUGGCCUCCCUGAUGGCGAGAGAAAGAGUUCCGCUAGUGGCAAGAAGAAAAGGUCAGCUGACCCCCUGCGUCGACAAGCACUGAACUGAAUCUAGCAAGAUCUUUGUAAUAAGUUAUUGUGUAUUGCUACUAGCAUUUUGUGCCUUUUGGGUUUGAAUCUCGUUUUCCGUAUGAUAUUGGUUGUGUCUUAGCCUGGGUCAGUUUUGUUUUACGUUCCCUUCUGAGAUUAAGGUAAUACGGAUUUUCUUUUAUUUUAAAUGUUGCUUCUUGGAUGUCCGAAGAUAGCUGUGAUGAUGUGCUAGUGCAAUUUUUAUCUUUUUUUGGGGCCAAGUAUUGGUGAACAUGAAAGCCGCAUAUAUAUAGAGGCUUUUGAAUAAUAAUAAUAAACCGUUUUCUCCAGCUAAA